AUGUUGCGCGAAAAAAAUAUAGAGUUUUCUCCCGUAGAAACACUUGAUGAACUACGAGCGAAAAUCAAACUUACGAUGCCGCGUGGAAAAAUUUAUAAGUUGGAUCAAUUGAUACACCAAAUGGGACAUGAAGUGGUAAGACUUCCACCUUACCACUGUCAGUAUAAUCCCAUAGAGUUAAUUUGGGCACAAUUAAAAAGAAGAGUGGCUGAAAAAAACUCCACAUUUAACAUAUCUGACGUUGAGGCACUUGUCCAUAAAGAAAUUGACGCGGUAACUGCUGAUGAUUGGGCCAAAUGUGGUGAACAUUGUGUGAAAAUUCAGGAGGAAGAUUUCCAUAAAGCAGGACUGAGGGACGAAAUAUUAGAUCCGAUAAUAUUAACAAUUUAUCCAGAUGAUAGUAGUUCGAGCGACGAUGAUGACUACGACGACAAUGAGUAA